AACAACGAAAAAGAAGCAAUAAAAGAAUUUAAUAACAGAAUGAAUCUAAAGAUUCAACCUUGUGGUGUAUUUAUUGAUGAAAAUGUGAACUAUUUAAUUGCGUGUCCUGAUGGUUUGAUUGGAAAGUAUGGUAUCGUUGAAGUGAAAUGUCCUUUUAAGGCAAGAGAUAUGACUCCUAGAGAAGCUAUUCAAAAAAAUUUUAUAAAAUACGUCUACAUUAAUAAAAAUGGAAAUCUCAUAAUUAAACGCAGUUCUACUUGUUUUUAUCAAAUACAAGGAGAAUUGCAUAUAACAAAAAGACAGUAUUGUUAUUUCAUAAUUUGGACUCAAAAAGGAAUGAUUUAUACAAAAAUAAUACGUGAUGACAAAUUUUGGAAAAAUAAUAUGGAAAACCAACUAAUUAAUUUUUAUGAAAAUCGCAUGAUACCAGAACUAAUUAAUCCUCACUUAUUUGAAAACAAUGAAAAUAAAUCUAGCUAAUAUGUUUUUUUGUUUAAAUAUUUAAUAAUAAGUUGAAUAAAUUUUUUUUUUUUAAUUUUUGUUUCACUAAAGUCAAAAAAUCAUAUUUAUUUGAAAUGUAAUUAAAUUGAAUUUGUGAAAAUUUUAUAUACAAGUUUAUUUUGUUAUCGUAAGCAACUUAAUAAAAAAAUCAGAA